UGCAGUUACGUGUUGUGAAACGUCGUCCAGAAUUAGAACCACGCCAAGCGACUCUGGAUUUCGCCAUGCAAGCACCUCGACAACUCGACGAAGUCCAAGUCGCGACGGCGUGCGGCGCAGUGCUUCACGCGCCGGCCGACUACGUGACGUCCGACCACAUCGUGGCCAUUGUCGUCAUCCUCGGAGUGUCCCUCUCCGGCGCGCUCCUUCCCGUCCUCGCGGCCCGGGUGUCGCUCUUCCGCAAACUCAUGCCGUACGUCCGUCUCCUCAACUCCCUCGGCGUCGGAGUCAUCAUCGCCACGUCGCUCGUCCACAUGCUUCCGCCGGGUCUCCAAGCCCUCAACAACCCGUGCCUCAACUUGGACUACCGCGGCCUCGCCAUCGUACUGCUCGUGCUCACCAUGCUCAGCAUGCAGAUCCUCGAGACGGAGAUGGUCGUGUUGCUGUCCUCGACGGAGAUGGCCUCGGACCUGAACGAGUCCGACCUCGAAGGACCGAUCCUGUCCCCCGUGCCACACUCAGCGUUUCCGUCGUGCCACCCGAGUCUGUCAUUCCAAGACCAACCCAAUCCUCAUCAUCAUCACCAUCAUCACCACCACCAACCCGGCGCCAUCAGAGACCCCCUCGCCAAGCAGCUCAACGUCAUCCUCUUCGAGUGCAGCGUCGCCGUCCACUCCAUCAUCAUCGGCGUCGAAAUGGGAGUCGCGUCCGGCGAUACCUUCCACACGCUCCUCACCGCCAUCAGCUUCCACCAGUUCUUUGAAGGUGUCGCGGUCGGGUCGUCCUCUCAAGGCGCGUUCAGCCAGUUCAAAACGUCCGUGUUCGUGGCGCUCGGGUUCGCCAUCACCACUCCUUGCGGCAUCUUCCUCGGGAUUCUCAUCUCUGGAUCGUACGCGCCAACAUCCGCGGCGGCGCUGUGGGUCAAGGGGAUCCUGCAUUCCGUGGCUGCUGGCAUAUUGCUCUACAUGGGCGUGGUGGAGCUCCUCACGUAUCAGUUCACGGUGAACGCGGACUUCCAUGCCAAGGCGCGUCGGGACCGCUGGGCUCACUACGCGUGCAUCCUCUUUGGGGCUGGCGUCAUGGCGGCGAUCGGGUACUGGGCCUAAGUUCGCGCCAUUGGUUGGGGUGGAUGUAACUGUAUGUAGUAGUAUUUGAAUAUGAGGUUGUAUUGAGGGAA